CUUUGAUUGAAAUCACCUCCUUAACGCUUGUGGAAUAUGGAUGUUUCUGAUAAAGCCGAACCGCUAACCAUACUAGACUAGCGCUAGAUCGUCCGGUAAAAAGCCCAGCCAACCAGACGCAGCAGUUGCUGCUAGCUUCCUGCUAGUCUUCCAUCCUUAUUAUCCUCAUAUCAUGUGCUGUGAAGCUAUCCCUUGCUGUUCCUUACACGAACCGUACCUAUUCACAGUAGUUGCUAAAGUAGAUAGCUAAAACUCAUCCUCAAUGUAUAGAAGAUGACAAUAACCACAAAGCUGCAAGCAUGAGCAUCAUGAAGGCUGUUCGGAUUAAGGCCGGCCUAAUAUCGAGCGGCCGCUACUAGCCGGCUCCACACCCCGUCGACCGUCUCUCCUUCAUCCUCUGCGCAAUCCGCAGAAUUAUUCCUGAAACGUGCGAACACCGCCUGUCCAACUCUUAUCCACGAUCUCCUUCUGAUGGAAUUGGAUGGAGCAUGCAAGCGAUGAGGAGAGGGGUUCUACUAAUCCCUCGGCGGUAGCUCUGCCAGCCGAGUCGGCCUCCCUCCCGAGCAGCUACACAGACGACGAAAGCCAGCAACGCCUCGAUCCAACCACCACUCUAAUCGCCGAGUCUCUUUCCACGGGCGUCAGCGUAUCCAACGGCACAGUCUUCCCUCCCGCCGCCGCAACGCUCGAACAAGCACUCUCACGCAAACCAGACCGGCCGAUCUCCGGCGUCGUCCCGCCAUAUUGGCGACACCAGCGAAAUUUCUCGCGCGCAUCGCUUGCAUCCGCAGACACAGCGCGCAGCUCGAAACCCGCGAUUACGCUUGAGGACCAUACUGACGACCCGGACUCGGCGACGACGCGGGGGCUGUGGGCGAAAAGCGUACGGAUUGAUGAGCAUGUCGUGGUGUCGGGGCGGACUGGGGUGGGGGCUUAUGUUGUGUGGAUGUGUAAUGUGCAGACCUUGGACGGCGGCCCCAUGAUGAUUCGGUUGCGAUACUCGCAAUUCGACGAACUCCGUGAUCUGCUGAGUCGCGCAUUUCCGCAUGCGAAGCACGCAUUACCCCCGCUGCCGCCGAAGAGCGCGCUGUUCAAGUUCAGGCCCAAAUUCCUCGAGGCCAGGAGGCUUGGUUUGCAGUACUUUCUCAACUGUGUGCUGUUGAAUCCAGAGUUUUCGGGGUCGCCAGUGCUGAAAGAUUAUUUGUUUUCGCAUAUUAAUUAAGUUGUCAGAUUGAUUAUCAGACCGGAUGGGUCUAUAUUUUUGUAAUAUAUAAUAGGACUUGCGAUAUCUGGACGAUUUACAAAACUA